UGCUUGCGUUCAGGACGGGCUCGUCCACCAGCUGCUGAAACAUCCACCCGGAGUGUUGCCCUGGCAUUAGAUGGCUCGAUGCAGCGCACUGGCUACCCGUGUGGCACUGGCCCUGUGGAUUACAGCCGGAUGGAGCUGGGCAGGUCGCAAGCAAGAGGAAUCGUUCGCCACCGACAGUGUUUCCAAAGCGAGAUGUACUUCGCGUUGUCUGAGCCUGCACAUCACUCGUCUCUCAGCUUUGUUCAAGAACUUUCAGAACAAUGGAUCUUUGAAUUGGUGUCAAAAUCACAAGCAAUGCUCAAAGUGCCUAGAGCCAUGCAAAGAAUCCUGGGACAUACAGGAGACUCACUGUCAAAGCAAGUGUGAGUUUCUUUUCCCAAAGAAACACUAUGAGUGCCUGACUAGCUGUGAGUUCCUCAAGUCAAUCCAGUCAGCAAAGCAGGGGGACUGUCCGGCUCCAGAGAAAGCCAGUGGAUUUGCUGCUGCCUGUGUUGAAAGCUGUGAGGCAGACAACGAGUGCUCGGGUCUGAAGAAAUGCUGUUCCAAUGGCUGUGGCCAUACUUGUCAAAUACCGCGCAACCUGUUCAGGGGGGUUCCGCUGAAGCCUAGAAAAGAGUUAAGUUUUACCGAGCUGCAGACUGGGAAUCUGGAAAUCAAAUGGUCAUCGAAGUUCAACGUCUCUGUUGAACCCGUUAUUUACGUGGUGCAGCGGAGGUGGAACUACGGCAUCCAUCCCAGCGAAGAUGAUGCUUCCAACUGGCAAACGGUUGCACAGACUACCGAGGAGCGAGUGCAAUUAGCUGACAUUCGCCCGAGUAGAUGGUAUCAGUUUCGAGUGGCUGCGAUUAAUGUUCAUGGAACACGGGGAUUCACUGCCCCCAGCAAACACUUCCGUUCCUCAAAAGAUCCUUCAGCUCCACCUGCACCAUCGAACGUGAGAGUCAGCAACUUUACUGCCAACAGCGAUGGCACCAUUACCACAAGGAUCCUGUGGGACGUGCUGGAAGAACCGGACAUUCCUGUUCACCAUUACAAGAUUUUUUGGAGCUGGACAGUGAACACAAAGUCAAUGGUGCCAGCCAAAAAGAAAAGAAGGAAAACCAUAAACGGAAAUCAGAACCAUGUGGUCUUGGAGGGUCUCCAGCCUAACAACAGUUAUAUGGUGGACCUGCAAGCUGUAGCAUAUUGGAGCCAAGUACGUUUAAAAAGUGCCAAGGUCUCUCUGUACUUUGGCACCCCUCGAAUUCCCAGCAUGAGAGACCUUUCAGCUUCAACAACAAAAUCCAGACCUGGUGUUGUCAAUGCCCUCCCAUCAUCUCAUGGGAAAAGAACUAUGCGUCUCAUUGAUGUCGGGGCCCCUUUCUAUCAGGACAAUCAGCUUCAGGUUAAAGUUUACUGGAAGAAAAUGGAAGAUCCUAGUGGCGUUGCAGAGCGGUACCUUGUCCAAUGGAUGCCAGAGUCUUGCAAGCACAACGAGACAAAGAUCUCCAGAAAAGUCAUAGCCCAUGAAAACUAUGUAAUUCUCCCAGGACUGAUUUUCUCGUGCAAAUAUAAAGUUAUGGUCCAACCAGUAAUGGCCAGGGGCCAGGGGAAAGCAGAAGCAGUGAUCUUCACAACACCAUCAUGCUCAUCUCUUCGAGGAAAAGGUCUAAAACAUAGCAGUUGUCCCAGUGAUGGGGUGACAACCAUUCCCAAAGUACUUGUCAAACCUGAGAAUCUGUCGGCAUCGUUCAUAAUUCAUGCAGGGAACAUUACAGGUCACUUCCACUGGAGGAUAUCUAAAAUACAGCUUCAUCAGCCUGUAACAGGAUUUCAGGUUACCUGGGCAGAAGUGACUACAGAAAGCCGUCAAAACAGUUUGCCGAACAGCAUUAUUUCCCAGUCUCAGAUAUUGCCACCGGACCACCAUUCACUGAUUGUGCCCAACCUGAGGCCAUCAACCUGUUAUAGGCUGGAAGUCCAACUAUUGACUACAGCUGGAGAGGGACCAGCAGCUGUCAAAGCAUUUCAGACACCUAGCUUAUCUUCGUCACUUCCUCACAGUAAGCUUCAGUAUCUCCACCACCCUAGAUGUAGUACAGUUCCACGCCGCGUAUUUCAAUCUGGUCUAAACUUGGAACACAAAAGGAAACUAAUGCUUAAAUUGUAAGAUGCAGGAUUGAUCUUAAUAACAGUAAUAUUUAUUGUUAAGUUACUUUGUGCUUAUUGCUGUCCGACCACUUUGUUUCUCAAGUCUUCCUUAUUGACCUCGAACCCUGUCACUGGUGAAGUGUUAAUGUGGCUUUGAAACCCUUUCUGUACCAUGGUUGUUUAUCCAUGCCCAUCUCUUAUCUGCUUUGCUUUAGGCUCCAGGCUGAGGCAUCAUCAGCAACAGAAGCCAGUAUCAGUAAAACACUGAAACAAUUACAAUUACAUUAUGGAGGUUGUUUAAGGACUAUUGAUGUGAAACAAUUAAAAAAGACUCCUCUCCCUGUUUGAAUAGAGAAAAGAAUGGAAGAAUGUCUCCUUCCAACGCAUCUUUUAAAGUUUGAUUAUCAAACCAGUGCCAUAAAAAGUUAUAUACUUCGAUGAUAUUAUCCCUGUAUUGUGUCUUUGGAGGAUGGCUUUGAAAUUGUGCUAUUUAUUAACCUGUUUUGUUGAAUGUGCUGAUCCUGAUAUAAUGCAAUAUUUACAUUUCUUUUCCUGUGGAUACCUGUACUUGGCAGACUGCCUGGAAAAUAUGUCCGAAACCCGCAUAUUUUAACUGGGAGUGAGAAUUGUGUCAGUUUAUUAAUCUAUUGCAUGUAAUAAAGUUAUUAAAUUAUAAUGUAAAUGAACCUUAUCAGAUGUUGGCAAAGUAUGGUUGCAUGGUAGACCUGUCAGUGUUGCAUAUGGGCAUGAUCUGUAUGUCUAUGUUACCUCCACUGAAUAUAUUAACAUGAUGCAGUUUACAGAAUAAUUAACAAAGUCUAUAUGUACAAAUUAUUUACUUUUUAAUAUUGGAAUGAUAAUAUAGUAUGGAAAUAUUGGUACUGUUUUGUCCAUUGGUAAAUUGGCUGUAGAAAUCACUUCCACAUUGCAGUCAUUUUUAGAUCAAUAUUUAUUACUGUAUACACCAUUUUGUUUGGUCUGUUUUGUGCAGCUUUGUCAUAUUUGGGAUAACAAACCUCUUGUAAAGACAUUUUGUAAAAAUGGAAUUUGUAAAUAGAGUUUGUUGUAAGUUACAUUACCCGAUAUUUUCCUGUUAGACUUUGUACAUAUUGUUGACGUAUUAAAGAGCUCCCCGAACAUGUACAUGGAGAAAAUGUCCGCAGAUGGAAUUCUUUUUAAACUUUCCAACAUGUACUUACAUAUGAGAUUAAUUCAAUUAUAAUUCCAUUCAAAAUCCUUCGUACAUUGAUAUCUUACAGAUGUGUUUUGAGCUUCUUGGCACGGUUACUGCUAAUGAGAGGAUGGAACAGAGCUUUGGUUGGGCAUUACAGGAGGUGGAAGAUUCUGAGAUGAUGAGUGGUAGUUAAAUUAUUGGAGAAACCCAGAAGCCUGGACUGGUGAACCAGAGUUCUGGGCCCUUGGGUCAGAAGGGCCUGUUACUGUGCUAUAUCUCUAAUAAAAUGUUUAGUUUCAAGUCCCAUUAUAACUCAAGGGAAUUUAAAUGCAGUGAAUGAGAUAAUCUGUAGUUUUACACAGCAAAAGGAGUGACCAGGAAACCACAUAGUUGAGUUCCACAGAGGGAAGUAUGACUCUCCAGUGCUUGAUCUUCUCAGUUGUAUUUUUAAAAAUUUAUUCAGGUAUACAGAAUGGAACAGGCUCUUCCAGCCCAAAAAGACGCACCAACCAACAACUCACCUCUUUAACAUUAGCUUAAUCAGGACAACUUACAAUGACCAAUUAUCACUCACUGUUGGACUGUGGGAGGAAACCAGAGUUCCAGAGAAGUCCCAGGUGAUCACGGGGAGAAUGUACAAACGCCUUACAGACGGCGCCAGACUUGAACUCUGAACUCCGAAUGCCCUGCACUGUAAUAGCAUCGCACGAACUGCCACACUACAGUGGCGUUCU